GGAGCCGAAGCAACAAAUUGAUUUCUUCUGCAAAAUCCGAUCGAUCGAGAGAGGGAAAUAGAUUGAAAGACGAGAGAUAUUCCGAAGAUGGCGACCGUGAACGAGAGUUCUUCAGCUAAGAGAUGGCUUCCACUUGAAGCUAACCCAGAUGUUAUGAAUCAGUUUCUUUGGGGACUUGGUCUUGCCCCAGAUGAAGCGGAGUGCAGUGAUGUGUUUGGCUUAGACGACGAGCUUCUUGAGAUGGUUCCAAAGCCUGUCCUUGCUGUUCUCUUCCUUUACCCCAUCACCAAAAAGAGUGAAGAAGAGAGAAUCGAGCAAGACAAGGAAAUCAAGGAGAAGGUGCAUAGUGAUAAAGUUUACUUCAUGAAACAAACUGUGGGUAAUGCUUGUGGAACCAUUGGGCUUCUUCAUGCUGUUGGGAAUAUAACCUCAGAAAUCAAGCUCUCCGAAGGAUCGUUCUUGGACAACUUCUUUAAAUCCACUGCCAAUAUGACUCCUAUGGAGCGUGCGAGGUUUCUUGAGAACGACAGGCAAAUAGAAGAUGCUCAUUCUGUCGCUGUUUCAGCUGGUGAUACACCGGCUUCAGACAACGCGGAAGAGCAUUUCAUCUGUUUAGCUUGUGUAGAUGGGGAGCUCUAUGAACUUGAUGGAAGAAAGGCUGGACCGAUUUCACACGGUGCUUCCUCUCCAGCUACCCUGUUGCAGGACGCAGCGAAAGUAAUAAAGAAGAUGAUUGAGAAGAAUCCGGGUUCUCUCAACUUCAAUGUGAUAGCCAUCUCUAAGAGAACCUGAGGCUCUUCUUAAAGAUGCAAAGCUUCCAAGUCUUGUUUCUGAGUUUAUGACUUAAUGACCCACACAGAUUUUAUAUCUUUGGAGUCUGCUUUUCUCUACAUUGUGAAUUAAUUUAGUUGAUGAUCAUGGUUUAGAGAAUGCAUUUCCCUGACGUUUUCUUAAUAUUUUCAUUUUUUGGGUUCUUAAAGUGAUUCUGUUCUAU